GGCGGUGACUGACGUAACAGUAAACUUCCGGAACAAUGGAGGCGAUUGUGAACGAGACCGUGUCGUCGGAUGACCUGCUGAAGUUUGAGAAGAAGUACAAUGCAGAAUUGAGGCAGGGCUCGCUCUCCAGAGCCACACAGUUUGAAUAUGCCUGGUGCCUAAUCCGGAGCAAAUACUCUAGUGACGUCGUUAAAGGAGUUGCCAUUUUGGAGGAGUUGUAUCCUGAUUCAUCCAAAGAGGAGCAGAGAGAUUACAUUUUCUACCUGGCCGUUGGGAAUUAUCGGUUGAAGGAAUACGAGAAAGCUCUGAAAUUCAUUCGCUCAAUGUUGAAAAAUGAGCCACACAACCAACAGUGCCUGGAGUUGGAAAAACUCAUCAACAAAAAGAUGCAGAGAGAUGGCCUGCUUGGCAUGGCAAUCGUUGGGGGUGCAAUCGUUGGACUGGCCGGAAUGGCGGGACUGAUCGGACUGGCUGUGAGCAAGGGCAAAUCCUGACCUAUGUGCCUGAAGAUGGUGCAAGUGCUUCCUUUAAUUUAAUGAUCCUCUCUUUAACACUGAGCCUUGGCUUGACUAAUUUUUCUGCAUCAAUGCUUUACACUGAACAUUGUUUAAUGUAAAAUAUUUAAUUACUUUCUAAUAUUGUAUCAGUGACUGUUCUUGGAACAAUUGUUCAGUUAUCCCUUUGGGAAAACACUGGUGUAAAUGUUAUAAAUAACAACUUUGUAAACUGAAUAAACCAGCCAAUUUAA